AUGCACCUCGAGUCUACCGUAAUGGGCAAGAGAGACGUCGACCCCUCAGGCUCAUCAUCAGCGAUGUCUAGCUUCAAAAGUCUUGUUCUCGCAUAUCUGGCACUGUCUGUGGGUGUGUCUGCUGCUCCGAAGAAGACCAAGUUCAAUUGGCAUGACACCAAAUACAUGCUAGCAUUUGGUGAUUCAUACACAUACGUGCAAGGCACCGCUGGUCACGUAAACUCGACUUUCAUCGGCGACUACUUUGACUUCUCAUUUACCGAAGAUGAGCUGUUGAGCAACAAAAUAGUCCAGAAUCAGACCGGGACUGCCGAGGGUGGACCGAACUGGGUGGAGUACCUCACAGGCUGUGGUCUGAAGCCAGGCCUUACCUCACCACUCUCAUGUAAGACGCAGUUAUGGGAUUUUGCCUUCGGAGGUGCAGAUAUUUCGACCAAGNUAGUAUGUACUUGCUCUCUUGCUGCAUGUUCAAUACUGACGGCUAGUUACAGUACUCCUCGCCACCACAACUAUACAGUCAUGCUGGAAGAACAAGUGCAGCAAUUCCUAACCUAUGCUCAACCAGCACUAUCUAAAUUCGUUGAUCCGUCAAGGACGUUGGUCGCCUUCUGGAUUGGUAUCAACGAUAUCAACGACAGUGCCAAAUACGCUGUUGACUUUCCGGCCUUCUACGACAAGCUUAUCACCACACUCUUUGAAUCUGUACAGAGUGUCUAUGAUGCCGGAUAUCGCAACUUCCUCUUCAUGAACCUACCUCCUUUGGAUCGCACACCAGGCAACGUCCUCAAGUCCACCCCACUUCCCAACACCACAAUGAUAAACUGGUGGGACGACUUACUCACUUCACACAUCCAGACCUUCAACAAACAAAAUCCAUCAGCCAAUGCUUUUGGCUUUGACGUCAACAGUUUCCUGAAUGGAGUCUUGGACCAUCCUGACAAAUACGGGAUCAAGAACGUCACAGGAUAUUGCGCGAGUUAUGAUCAACCCUAUAUUAAUACUAACCCCGAAAGCUAUGGCUGUCUGCCUUUGGACGAGUAUGCAUGGUUUAAUAAUGGUCAUAUGACUUCUCAUGUUCAUGAGAUCUUGGCUAAGGAGGUGAAGCAGUUUCUCAAGAAGCAGUAG